UCAGUUAAAAAAUGUAAAGUAUAACCAUUAGAUAUUAACCGUGUGAUUUAAAUUCAUUUUUUAAUCAUGUAAAGUACUUUGUUGGAAUUCGCGAGUUCACACGGAAGCUUUUUGGCGCUACACCGGAGACAACUUGUCGAGGAAAACAAAUAAUUUCUACUUUUCCAUCUACUUUUUUUGUUCAAUGAGUAUAAAUAGUGGCUAGAAUAAGAUGGCCUCUACGUCCGACCCCGACAGACCGACAGUUUCUAAUGUGGAAGAAAACAGAGCUCGUCUCUGCGAUGAGUUUGCUGCAAUAUCAGGAACCGACAGCGCUGUUGCUCAGUGCUACCUGGCUGAGAAUGAUUGGCAGAUGGAGAGCGCUCUGAACUCAUUCUUCGAGGCUGACAUGGAAAAAGUAUUUGAAGAAGAUUUCCCAGAGAGCGAGUCAAGUCCCAAGAAAAAGAAGCAGAAGGCUGAGGCAAAACCUCCAGCAGAAUGUGUAGAUUUAACUGGAGACAGUCCAGCCUCUGCACGUAAACCCUCAGAAGAAGAUGAAAACAAGCUGUCUCUGAUCUCCUGGAACGUGGAUGGACUCGAUACAGACAACCUUGCAGAGCGUGCCAGAGGCCUUUGCUCCUUCUUAGUCUUAUAUACUCCUGAUGUGGUGUUCCUUCAGGAGCUCAUUCCUCCUUACAUCCAGUAUUUGAGGAAACGGGCAGUCAGCUACCUAAUCAUUGAAGCUGGUGAAGAAGGUUACUUCACUGGGAUGAUGCUAAAGAAGUCACGAGUCAAAUUAAUCGAGAGCGAGAUAGUAUCUUACCCGACCACUCAGAUGAUGAGGAAUCUGCUUGUAGCUCAGGUAACUUUCAAAGGCCAGACGCUGUGCCUGAUGACAUCACAUUUUGAGAGCUGUAAAGGCCACGCGCAGGAGCGGAUGAAACAGAUGCGAGUUGUCAUGCAGAGGAUGAGAGAGGCGCCUGACGACAUCACAGUCCUGUUUGGAGGGGACACCAACCUGAGGGACACUGAGGUAGCGAAGGUCGGUCUGCCCUCGAUGGUCUGCGACGUGUGGGAGCGUCUGGGAAAGCAGGAGCACUGCCGCUACACGUGGGACACCAAAGCCAACAGCAACAAGACUGUUCCUUAUAUAAGUCGCUGUCGCUUCGAUCGAGUCUACUUCCGUCCUGCUAGCAAGGACGGGGUCCCUCGCCUGGCCCCUGACCACAUGGCCCUGGUAGGACUGGACAAGCUGGACUGUGGACGCUACACCAGCGAUCACUGGGGAAUCUACUGUAGCUUCUCGACAGAAUAAAAGUACACAAAACAACAUAACAACAACAACCAGGGAAAUCAGCUGGUCUUGUUUGUUUAGAUCUCUACAGUGCUGGAUUCAGACCAAAAUGAUACUCUCUCUGUGAAAGAAGAGAGACAUCAUUUGAGGUUGGUAACCUUUAGAUUUUAUUUUGUGAUUCGAUUUUAUUUUCUAAUGUGCCUCUUUGAGUCUUGGCUCAACUAUUGUUCCUGUACUAAAUAAAGCCAAUAAAUGUUCAAAUACC